AUCAAUACCGCGCUUCGGCAGUUGGUCCGCGACGCGCUCAUCGGUCGCAUUGCUUAAGAUUAUACCAUCGAUUACUUCAUUCUCACUAGUUGUACCUUCUACACGGUUAACAGAACACGUUUCACCGAAUAUCAUCAGUUAAACAUCAUUUGUGUUCGAAUUUGGAUGCAGUGGAUUAUGGAAAUGUGCCGUGGGAACUCACUGUGAAAUGAUAUUUUGAAGAAAUAAAUCUAACUAAUGUAGAGAUGACGGCCGAACCCGUUGGAAUAUUUAAUGACUGCUACACUAAUGGGAAACUGCCUGUUCAAAGGCUCAACGACCACUCUCGACGGGAUCGGUCUCCGGCCGAUGCCAGCCGAACGGCCGAAGACCCUCCGCAAAUUGAAGUCCGUGUACGAUACGUCUCCUUCCGAGGCGCCAGUGGGUAACUUCAGCAGCAAUGGACAGGUGGAGAGGAACGUCAACGGUGUCGAGGACGAGGUCAGGCGGCGCAGCAACACGACCAGCUCCAACCAGAGUGGCGAUAAGUCGCUGUCGAUUCUUAGCCCGUUUGAUGAACAGGAGGAAUGGGCGAAGAUCUCCGAGAUAAUGGCGUCGUUUGGUAGCAAGCUGGUCCGGGAAUCAGUAUUCGUGUCCGAGUUGGAGCAGGAGUUCACGUCCCGACUCGGCCUUAGCUGUUCCGAGUCCAGUCUGAGCCCCUCCGUGGCUUCGAACCUGGGUCUCUGGCUGUCGGGCAUGGGGCUUCAUGAUUACGAACCUCUUUUUGUGGAGAGCGGGUUCGAUGACAUCGAUUUUAUUAACGGUAUCCUAGACGACAAUGACCUCCGAGAAAUGGGCAUAGAAGAGAACGACAGACAGAAGAUUCUAGAAUCAUCGAAACAGUUACCUCUGAAAAUAGCGGAAAUAAGCAAUAAUCAUAACAAUAAUAAUAUAAGUAAAAAUCAAAACGAAUCUGUAGAAGAAUGGUUGAGGAACAUUAACUUAGAUCAAUAUAGCGAUACGUUUAGGAAACAUUUAUAUGUUGAUAUGGAUAGAGUUAAAAGGAUUUGGGAGGUGGAAUUGACGGCUGUCCUGGAGAUCCACAAGGCCGGUCACAGGAAAAGGAUCCUGGCGUCGGUCUCGGGGGAACAGAAUGGACCUAUCAAUAAUAUGGAAGACAUUAGUGCCGAUCUCAGUACCUUGAAGAACAACAUACAACAGCUCAAAGAAGAAAUCAAAGAAAAGCUGCCUGAAAAUCUGAAGCCCGUGCCCCCUCCAGUGGUGCCCACACUGGCUCCACCUGGCGGCGAGACGUUGAAACGUAGCAAAAAGAACAGGCCUGCUCCUCAACCGCCAAGACCCUCGGACCUGGAGAUCAGAGCGCCUUCAGAACUCCUCGUUGGGGUGCCCGGGGCUCUGAAGACCCAGUGGAAGCAUCAGCCGUUCGUGUUGGUGACUGGGGCGGUGACGUAUGUCGCUAAUUACCUGGGCUCCACGGUAGUGAAAGAGCUCCGGGGGACGGAAUCCACUAAGAAGUCCAUACAGAAGCUGAAGAAGUCGACCAAAGAACCCCGGGAUUCCCCCGACAUCAUCCUCUCCAUCAGCUAUAGAGGCGUGAAGUUCCUUAACACUAUUACUAGGGAGCUGGUCUGCGAACAUGAGAUCCGCAACAUCCACUGCGCGUGUCAGGACGCCGACGACCUCACUCACUUCGCCUACAUCACCAAGGACCACGCCACCAAGAGCCACUACUGCCAUGUCUUCAGAGUUGCUACUAUGGAUCAAGCCACGGAAGUAAUUUUAACUUUAGGCGAGGCAUUCGAAGUGGCUUACCAAAUGGCUUUGAGGGAACAGUCGAACAGAACGAGAGUGACCCAAUCGUUAGCUAAAACUCCAACCCACGACCCCAUGACGACCUCUAAUAAAGAAAAACCAAAUACCAACCACGGCAGAUCACAUUCCAUUACAGAAAUUAAGUUGAACGGUCACCAGCUUAAAAUAGUACCGAUGCCGGCAUCGCUAUCUAAUGAAGACUUCCAGGCGGCUGCCAGAAACUCUGAUGGCUCGAAGAGUCCUAGAACUCCUCUGUUGAAAGCACCCAUAGCCUCCACUGAAGAAUUGUGAAAGAUAAGGUAAUGUUUGCUGAAAUGUCGAACGAAUAUAAUGAUAUACAUAAUUUCUUAGAACUAUUGCAUAAAAAAAAGUUAACAAAUAAUUGGAAUCUAAAAUCUGAUAAAAUUUGAUCGUCUUUCUUUAUAAAGGAAAUUAUUAUAAAAAAAAAACUUUCAACAACAUUUAGAUUUAAAAAACAAUACAAAUAUUCUCGAAUUAAAAAGAAGUGUUGUCGAUUUAGAUGUAAACUAUGUUGUUUGGGUAUUUGAACUGGCCAGAGUAAUACCAAGUGCUGCUGGUCUGUCUGUAUACACGAUAUUCUUGUAUUUUAAAACUAAUAUUUCGAUUUUGACUCUGCUUUUAUGAACCGUAACCUAAUUUAUUUAACUAAUGUACGAUAUUAGGUAAAUAAUCAAUUUUACUAUUGAAUAGUAAAAUAUUAGGGGCUGUUAUUAUAUUUAUAGUAGUUUCUAUUAAUUGUAUAUGUUUGUUUCAUUAGCGAUAACUACUAUUCGAAACUCAUCUAUUGGAUAUUGGAAAAAUCUAGAGUAAAAAGAUCUAAAAUAAUUUUUAUUCUAGUUUUUUUUUUCCAAUAAUAUUGACAAUGAUCUCUAUAUAAGCUGCUUUUAUGAUUGUUGGUCCAAAUGUUGCGCCGAAUUCUACGUUGACAUGUUUAAAAGUAAAAGUUUAACCAUAGAAAUCGUAAAAAGAUAAGUUUAUAAUUAUUGCUAUUUCUAUGAGUGUAACAGAAUAUGAAAUAGUGUAAUGCUCCAUAGUCUGACAAAACAACAAUAUCCUAAGAUUCUCAAACUGUGUUUAUUAUUAAGACGUCUUAAGUUUUGAAAAAGCUGGCAUUUGUAAAAAUCAGUUUUAUAAAACCAAUAUUAAAAAUAUGUCGUUAACUACAAAUCACACUGCGAAGCCUAUACAUCAAAAAAUUAGCUUUACAAUCACGCGUUUUGGAUUUAAUGUUAUAUUCGGUUAGGCCUAAAGUAUUAUUAUCUCGAGAAUACACAAUAAUGUUACGUUACCACGUUUUUGGUGUCGUAGGAAUGGUAAAUAGAGUACGUUGUAAAUAGAUUAGUACGUAAGUGAAUGUAGAAGAAUAUAUUGAUGGGUUGUUAUACUAUCACAAUUAUGAGACGCGAAUACGCCUAACUUAACAUAUAGUACAUAAAACAUAUCAAAAUCAUGUUAUAUGUUAAUGUCACGACUAUAAUUAUAAGUACACCUUCCAGAGGUAUUUUCAUUCAAUAAAGUUAUUGUUUCUCCAAAUUAUAAAUGCAUUAAUUUAGAGAAUCAAUAACUUUAUUGCUUUGCUCAUCAAUAUUGAUUUUUUUUUUAUUAACAUAUUUAAUAUUACACAUAUUCGCAUGGUUAGUAUUGUCAUGUAGAGUUGUAAUAAGUAUUGAUUAUUCCCUGUCUUGAUUCCUAAAAGCUAGGAAGAAUUAUAACUAUGUCCAGAGGUCUACUUAUAAUGGUCGUCACAACAAAAAAAAACUAAUGAGCUUCCGAUGUUAAUUUUGCUCGUAGUAGUUAUAAAGGAGUUAAAAUUAGUUGUUUGCGUACAAUAAUCAUGUCUUAAUGACAAAAAAAAAUGUUUGAUAUUAUUCUGUUCUAUUAUUGCAACUGUUUGCUCAAAUUACAACAGAUUUUGAUGUUAACAACAGUUUUGAAAUAGCUGGGCCUUAUUAUUUGUAUAAAGUUACUAAAGUCUGAUUUAUUAUUUGAGAUUUUGUGUAUUCUUUUGUGAUAUGAUAAAGUAAAGAUUUGAAACGAU